AGGAAGGAAAAAAAGAAAUUAAGACAGAAAAAGGAAAACUGAGUAAGCAAGCAGAGAUCAAAGCUUCGAACACAUUCAAAUCCCACGGGGGCAAAUAAUAGAAGCGAAGAUCAAUCCUCCCAAGAUUCUGGGGCUUCAUAGAAUUGAAUCAAUACAUAUACGGAGUUUCGUGCAACGAAUCAUUAGUUCUCGUGAAGUUUGGCAAGAGGCCUCGUUGCAGUGUUUCUUCCUCGAGAGGGAAAGGAUUUGGUGACACCCAAAAAUCUAGGGUUUUUUUAAAGGAGAUGAGAUUUAGGUUUGGGACUUAUAAGGGGAAAGCUUAAAAUUCAAAUCAAUAUUUGCAUCUCUGGAAGGAGUUAAGUUUUUGUGUGUGUGUGAAGGGAAAUAGAAGCUGAGAGAGUGCGUUUGUGUGUGGCACUCUCCAUUGUUCUCUUUUUGGUUUUGGUUGUAGUCUAUCAUCAUGCAACGUUCUCAAGAUGAGAGGAGGAUUCAUCUUGGUGAACUGAAAGCUCAUAUUGUGAAGAAAAUUGGUGUUGAAAGAUCUAAAAAGUAUUUUUAUUACUUGAGUAGGUUCCUGUGUCGGAAGCUUACAAAGAGGGAGUUUGAUAAGUCAUGUUUCAGGCUGUUAGGGAGGGAGAAUCUCUCCCUACACAACCAUUUGAUCCGUUCCAUCUUGAGAAACGCAACUGUCUCCGAGUCCCCACCUCCGGUUCAGAGCAGAGGAGAUGGAUCUUUAGUAGUCCCUAACCAUAAUAAUGAUCAUCCUGUUUGGUCCAACGGGGUUUUGCCCAUCUCUCCACGGAAAGUUAGGUCUGGAACGCGCGACAGGGAGAUGAGAGAUAGUCCGCUAGGGUCUAAUGGACAUAUGUUGCAACAUCCAGUUUGUAGAGAAGACAACAGAGACAGUAGUGUCCCUAUAGAAAACGGGUUUGAUCAGCAAAUAUCAGCUGUGAGAGAUAAGGAUGGUGAAAGUCAAGUAAAUAUAUCAGUGAGUAAUAGUCCUCUGGUUGCACCUCUAGGGAUACGGUUUUGUUCAGCUAGCGUCGGCGGUGGUGGGACCCGUAGAGCGGUUCCUGUACGUUCAACCGUAAUGAGUUGCUACGACGACAGUGGUCGAUUAGUAGCAGACAGAGAGAUGGUGAGGAAAAGGAUGGAGAGUAUAGCAGUAGCACAUGGUCUCGAAGGGGUUACGAUGGAGUGUGCUAGUACGUUGAAUACCAUGUUGGAUGUGUAUCUCAAGAAGCUGAUCAGGUCUUGCACUGAUUUUAGCACGUGGUCUCAGAACGGAGGAGCUUCUGACAGAACACAAGAUCAUCAUCAUCACUCUGUGUCUCUGCUUGAUUUUAGAACCGCCAUGGAGUUAAAUCCACAACAGCUUGGAGAAAACUGGCCAACUCUCCGAGAGAGAAUUUCCCUGCGGUCUUUCGAGGAACAAGACUUGGAGGUUUGAAAGAAAAUCUUGGACAAUGCGUCCAAGAAGAGGAAAGAGAGUGCAAGUUAUGAUCCUGCCUGCAGCAGCAGAGUCAGAGCAGAAGAACUCUUCACAGGAGUCAUCUUCUGGCUAGUCUCCCUCUCGUUGGAAUGAGACUUGUUACAAUGCAUGUUUGACUAGUGAACCGGGCACUUUUUUUUUCUGAAAUUAAAACAACAGAAGAAAAAUCAAAUCAGCAUUUCACUUAAGAUGAAGAAGAAGAAGAUGGCACAGCACCGAUUCUUCAUCUUCAAACAUACUGUGCAGUGACCUUCAGGUACUUUGAUAGAUAACUCUUCUUAAAUGAGCGGCUAGUUCCUAUGCCGUGAUCAUCAGUCAAAAGGAGAAGACAUUCAGGCAUGCAGAUAUACUAUCCUCGAUAUGUUAUAACUCGGGUGGGUUAUAGAACUUUUCUCAAGACCUUUCAAUAUGAAGUAAUAAUGGAUGAGCCUCAUACAGGAUGUUGUAUUUUUAUACAUGUGAAUAUGUGAUGUGAGACUGCGUCCAUGAUAAGCUGUUCUUGCGGAGGCCCUUGUUAGAUGUACUAUCUCUCUCCUUUUAAGUGUUAAAAUCAUUCAGUUUUCUUUUAUUUUGAGUAUAUGUCAAUGGGACUUGGUACAUAUGGGUUGGUUGGAAAUAUAAAGUGUGCACCAAGGCUUUGUAUAUA